GGCGCGCUCGCAAGGUUUAAAGGUUUCCCCCGACCGGCGCAUGGCGGCUGGCGCAUGGCGGCCACGUGCCAGGAAUGCUCCAGGCCAUCUGCAGAAGGAGGCUGGGGUGCCACGAACGGCCCCUAUGCUGGGGCCUGGUACUGCAGAAGCUGCUGGCAGCUCUGGGAGGACGAGGUCCUCUCAUGCGACUCCACGCGGAGCGAUGAGGCCGGAAGCGACCCGCCCUGGGCCCGGCUGGCGCCAAAGCCGCGGCCGCAGUCCGAGCCGUUCCGCGGCGUUUCCGCGGAGGCGUGGGGCGCGGAGCUGGGGCUGGCCCUGGGUGGCGCGCUGAGGCCGCGCUUGGAGCGGUUGUGGCAGGAAGUUCCCGGGCAGCCUCGCUGUAUCGAGGAGCUCUUCGAGGGCCUGGCGUGCAGCGCAGUCUUCCGGGACCUUUGGGCUGGAGAGGACGCCCGGGGACCCUGCGUAGUGCCGGCGCCCUGCGUGCGGGACGUGCUGACUUUGGAGGAAGUGCUGCAGGGCCUGUCGCAAGUGCCCAAGGUCUGCGAGCGCGCGCUCACGCUGACCGACGGCCAGAACUUUCGAUGCCCCAUCGGCCUUCCGCCCAUCGGCUCCAGGGAGCAGUUGCUGGAGGUCUUGCGCUACGGCACCGUUUUCUUGAACACGGCGUCGCUGCACUGGAAACCUUUGGCCGAGAUCUGUCUGGCGGCGAACCGGGCCUUCCAGUUCCCCAGCAACGUCAAUGUCUAUGUCACCGGCCAGGAGCGUGCCGUGUCCACGGACGUGCACACGGACAACCACGAUGUGCUGGUGCUGCAGAGCCAAGGCGCCAAGCGCUGGCGCAUCUUCAGCCCGCCACUGCCGAAAACUUCGAUCGGGGAAGCUGCGCACCCUUUAUACCGCGGCAAGGACGAGGACCGGCUGCUGGACAGCGAGUUGGGCGAUGUGCUGCUGGAUGUGGUGCUGCAGCCGGGGCAGGCGCUCUUUGUCCCCAUGGGCUUCCCCCAUGCCACCAGCACCACCAGCACCGGUGCGGAUGUGUCGGUGCACCUCACCUUGGGCCUCUCCACUGCUGACUACGACUUCUGCCUGGGGGGGCUGAGGAGGGCGCUACUGUCAGAGCUGGGGCAGCCCUGCCCGGAAGUGGCCCUGGGCAGCGCGCUGUGGUGGCGCCUCCUGGCGCCGAUGCCGGUGGCCGCGCUGGCACCCCAAGGAAACGUCUGGAGCUUCCGCCAGCACCUCAUCGCGCGGCUGCGCGCGACGUGUCUCGCAGAUGCGGCGGAGGUUGCGGAGGAGGUGCUGCAGCACGUGGUAGAGCGACAGCUCUUGCGGCAGGUGGCGGUGAUGGAAUCUCAGGAGGAGGCCUACGCCGAGGUGGCCUCGGUCACUUCCGGCGCCUUCUGCGACCUCGGCGCUGAGAAGACGCGCAGCGAGUACCGCCGCACCAUGGUGCAACACCAGCUGGCGGAGGACGCGCGCAAGCGGCGUGUGGAUGUGACAGACGAGCGCUUUGUCAAGCGACUCAGCGCUGACGGAACUGCCAGGAGUUUGGCGGAGCUGCGAAAGGAGCAUGGCGCGAAGGCGGAGGAGCACUGGCAGAAGAUGCAGCCCCUGUACGCCAACGACCGGCCCCCGGACGAUUUGAUCCAGGAGCUGCAGAACGCCGGCGAGAGCUGCGAGGCGCUGCUCUACUUCCUGCGCCGGCGCACGCCCGGCCUCCGGUCUCCCGAGCAGCCGGCUCCCGACGCCGGAGACGGACGAAACGGCAAAGUUGCGGAUCCGAAGCCCAUCGAGUGGGUGGCGGUGGACUGAGCUGGAAA